AUCAAUUUAGUGUUUAGGAGUUGGAAUUUAAUUUAUGUAAUAGGAAUUGAAUCUCAUUUACUUACAAUUUCUAAACUGAUUUGAUUCCCUUUACUAUCUCAAUAUGAGAAUCCAGCAAUACGGUCACAACUGUGAUCUGUUACUGUAGAGUUGCUAACUAAAACCUGUGUCCAAACUCUAGAAGGUCACACACACAAUGUUUCUGCUGUAUGUUUCCAUCCCGAGCUUCCAAUAAUAAUGACAGGUUCAGAAGAUGGUACUGUCCGUAUAUGGCAUUCAACCACUUACAGACUUGAGAACACCUUGAACUAUGGACUUGAAAGGGUUUGGGCUGUUGGAUACAUGAAAGGUUCACGUCGGAUUGUUAUUGGCUAUGAUGAAGGAACCAUAAUGGUGAAAAUUGGACAUGAAGAGCCUGUAGCCAGCAUGGACAAUAGUGGAAAAAUUAUAUGGUCUAAACAUAAAGAAAUUCAAACUAUUAACAUCAAGAGUGUGGGAGCUGAUCAUGAGGUUUCUGAUGGAGAGAGGCUGCCUUUAGAAGUUAAAGAACUGGGAACAUGUGAUCUUUAUCCACAAGUUUCGUUUUUUAGUGAUGAUGAAGAGACUACCAGCACACCAAAAGCAGAUGCUCUUUUUAUUCCAAGGGAGAAUCCAAGAGCUCUGGUUAUUCGCCCUCUUAAACAAUGGCCUGGCAAAUCAUCUGCUGAAAAAUUAAAAAACGCAUCUUCUCCAGCACAAACAAACGGUGAUUACACUGGGUUUGCUUCUUCCGCAUUGUUACAGGCAGUCGCUAAUCAACCCGUAUCAGUUGCCAUUGAUGCCAGUGGCAUGGGUUUCCAGUUCUAUUCAGGUGGCGUGUUUCUGGGGAUUUUGGAACUGAUCUUGACCAUGGUGUUACAAGCUUGUUGA